CUGGUACAUCAAUUUUAUUACAAUGGUCGCGUUAUCAGUCUUUCUUUUUCUCGAGGCGGUUUCUCUCGCUACGGCCGCUCCGACACAAGUGUCCAAUGAUUCGAGUCCGUGGUUUCUGGCGAAUGCCAAAGCCGGCGUCAGUACGUUGCAGCAGUGGUAUAACCAGACCACGGGGCUCUGGGAUACCACCGGGUGGUGGAACAGUGCGAAUUGUCUGACGGUGCUGGGCGACCUGACGGCGCAGGAUUCGUCGAUGGUCAAUGCCAGCGCGGCCAUCUUCAAUAAUACCUUCUUGCGCGCCCCGGCGUCGACUCUAGGCCAAGCAGUGUGGAAGACCAACUCCAGCAAACCGGCCACGACUCUGAUCGAGACGAAAGGGUUCAUCAACGAGUACUACGACGACGAGGCGUGGUGGGCGCUGGGCUGGAUCCAGGCGUACGAUCUGACGCAUGAUGAACGAUUUCUCGAUACGGCGGCGGAUAUCUUUGAUGAUAUGACGAGUGGAUGGAAUGCGACGUGUGGGGGAGUGUGGUGGGAUAAGAGUCAUACGCAGAAUGGGGCGAUUGAGAAUGAGUUGUUCCUGAGUGUGGCGGCUCAUCUGGGACGACGGAUUCCGAGCAAGAUGGCGUAUUAUCGCGAUUGGGCGAUGAAGGAAUGGACGUGGUUUUGGAACAGCGGGUUGAUUAAUGGGGGGUAUACGAUCAAUAAUGGGUUGGAUUUGACGACGUGUCAGAAUGAUAAUGGCACCGUGUGGAGCUAUAACCAGGGGGUGAUUCUGGGGGGACUGGUGGAGCUGUCGAAGCUGGUCAAUGAUACGUCCUAUGUCGCCACGGCGCAGAAGAUUGCGGAUGCGGCGAUCGAAGCCUUGAGUGAUUCGAAUGGGGUGUUGACCGAGUCGUGCGAGCCGGACUGCACGGGGGAUGCGCCCCAGUUCAAGGGCGUGUUUAUGCGGAAUCUCCAGGCCUUGUAUCAGGCCCGUCCGGAAGAUCGGAUCAAGCAGUUUCUGGAAACGAAUGCCAACAGCAUCUGGCAGAAUGAUCGGGGGGAUGACUCGGAAUUGGGGUCAGUCUGGUCGGGACCGUUUAGCAGUGCGGAUGCUACGACGCAGAGUUCGGCUUGUGAUGCGUUGGUGGCGGCGGCGGCGGUUGCUUGAGGCCAUGAUUUGUGAUAUCUGGUUCACAUGGUGGAGAUUCUAUAGAUACCUAUUGCUGGC